GCCGCCGUAGCGGAGCACGCUGGGAAAUGUAGUCGCGGCGCGGAGGCUGCCGGGAGGCGCCAUGGCGGAACCGCCUGGGGAGGCGGGCGGCGGCGGGAGGGGCCCGGCGGCCGGGGUUGGGGGUCACCCCCGGGCGCGGCGGCGUUUGGAGGCGCUGCUGAACCGGAGCCUUCGCAUCCGUAUGUCGGACGGACGGACCUUGGUGGGAGCCUUCCUCUGCACCGACCGCGACGCCAACGUCAUCCUCGGCUCCGCGCAGGAGUUCCUCAAGGCCUCGGAUGCGUUCCCGGGCGCGGAGCCGCGCGUGUUGGGCCUCGCUAUGGUUCCGGGACACCACAUCGUCUCCAUCGAGGUGGAACGCGACGGCAGCGGCGCCGCCCCCUACCCGUGACCCCCCCGACACCCCCCCACCAAGGGGGGGGAGCCCCAAAAUUGGGGGGGACCCCCCCAGGAAUGAGAGACACACAC